CAGAGGUUUGGAUGAGAAGAAUAAAGAGAAAGAACACGCUCCAUUGUAGAGGUUCAGUACUUUUUUAAACACGAUGGAUGAGAGAGUAAGGGUUUAUGUUUGAAAGUAGCUAUUUAACUGGCGUACUUCUGGAUCAUCAUGACCCCAAAGAUGGAAAAUUCUAUCGACGCCAUUAAAGAUGAGGCACCGAAACGUAAAAAAUCAACUAUCACAACUUUCAUGAGGAAAGUGUCGAGCAUCUCAAUCCGCAGUAGUCAUGAAAGAAGUGGAAUUCCUCUUUCAACGAACUGCAAAUUUAAAAUCGUCAUACGAACAACCAAACCUGAGUUGACUGUUGGGUUUGUUUUGGUGGAUAUGCCAGGAUUCGCAAUGUGUGCUGGGAAGACUGAUGAAAUGUAUGCAGAGAAAAUAUCCAGUGAUCCGAAGUUUUGGGAAAGAUGUUCAUUCCAUCCAUCGGUUAAUUUGUGGUACGAUUCGUUCUGUGCGUUCGAGUGCGCUCGCGAAGCAGGUCGAUAUAUAACGUUUCGUAACGGUUUAUUUAAAUGCAGAAAAUACGAUGGAACGCCAGAGUUCAAACAAGAAGCAAGUUUUGUGUUCAACACCAAUAAAUUGCUUAAAAAGCAACAAAGACAAAGAGCACAUUCGAGUAUCGUUCCACCCAACAAAGAAGAACUCAUUUCAACCACAACGGCAAUACGAAAGCUAUCUUUAGAUACGUUUCAAAAUGAUCAUGAAAAUGAACAACAGCGUUUCCGUAGCAACCAGUUGUCGCUAAGAAUGAACCGCCCUAACGAAAAAGCUUUGUACAGUGUCAAUUACGAUUCGUGCGCCGGUUGUUUGAAUUUAAAAUUGUAUCGCAAAGAUACGCUCUCCGCCACUGUUGAUACCAUUUUUCAAACAACGCACUCCAUCGUAGAUUUAGAUAUUCCUUCUCAUUGUAACAUCGAGGGAACGCCAGAAGCCUAUAAAUGCAGUUGUCAACGCAGCGGAUGAAUUUUUCGAUGAAAAAUUAAUGUUUAUUGUGAUAAUGAAGUGUUCAGCGUAUGAAAAUAACCCAAGGCACUUGUAUAAGCAUAAAUGCAACCGGUACCUCACAAAAAUGAGCGCAACUGCAAUGACGUCACGACCAGAAACUUGAUUACGACACACAACGACAGAAGAAAGACGCAGGCGACUUUUAUAUGAAAUUCUGAAGGAGCGUCACAUUUUUGUAGUCAUGCAAAAGCCUCUUUCUCAGUAGCAAUAUUUUGCUAGUAUUUUGUCUACACUUGUAUUAGUUUGAUUAAUCAAUUUGUAUAAGAAAUGUUCAUGUGUCGUCUCAAGUUUUCUUCUCAGUGAUU